CUUCAGCGUUUACAAUUGUCAGCAUUCACUUGCAAUACCGAUGUCAUAGUUCGAAAUUUCUUUUGAUAACACAGUGAAACGAGAGUAUUCCUCAAAUUUACUGUCAUAUUCGUAAUGGAAAUCCUCGAAUUUUCAUUAACCGUGUUUCCAAUUUUCUUUGGAGUUCAGGAAGUUGUGGCUCAGGACCUCAAAUUGGUAAAUGUGCUUUUUCGACAUGGUGAUCGAGCUCCUCUGACUGAUGACGGAGAAUCCUUCCCCACGAGUCCUUAUUUGUGCUCGAAAUUCUUGCCUUAUGGUCCAUCACAACUAACCAAUGAAGGAAGACAACGAGAGUACGACCUUGGUAUUCACAUUCGUCAGCAAUACGAUGAAUUUCUAGGGGCCUUAUAUCACCCCGCAGAAAUCAUUGCUCGUAGCACAGACACAGACAGGACGAAAAUGUCUCUGCAGCUGGUUAUGGCAGGACUUUUUCCGCCUGCACCGGAACAAAAAUGGAAUCCAAAGCUCGAUUGGCAACCAGUUAUAGCGGAUUACAUACCCAGAACGGACUCAGUCGUUUAUCCCUUCGAUUGCCCGCAAUACCAAGAGGAAUUUGAAGUCGUAGAACAAUCACCCGACGUCCAAGAAGAGAUAUCGCAACACAGCGAAUUGCUGAAGAACCUCACCGAAUGGACCGGCCAGCCAGUUACAAAGGCAAAGGACUUUGAACAUCUUUACGGUUACCUCAGUAGCUUAAACGCCAUGGGAUUGGAACUGCCGGACUGGACUCAAGGUAUUUUCCCUGAUGGUGAGCUAUUGGACCUCGCAGUCCUGAGUUAUCGGAUCCAGAGUUACACUCAGAGACUAAAAGUGUUGAAUGGAGGAAAGAUUUUGAAAAAUUUCACGGAGAAUAUGCAGGCUGUAGUCGACGGCACCGAAUCCCAAAUGAAAAUGUUCCUGCUGAGUGGUCAUGACCUAAAUAUCGGGGCUCUUCUGAUCGCUCUUGAGGUUUAUGAGCCCCACCAGCCUCAGUUCAGCAGCGCGGUAUUUCUCGAAUUACUAGAGGAUGAAGGCGAAUAUUUCGUCAGCAUCUUCUACUACCUGGGAAUCCCCCCGGAGCGAACCGCAGUGGCUAUUCCUGGAUGCGAAAAAUUAUGUCCUUUUAAGAAGUUCGUGGAAUUAUACAGUCAAGUCAUUCCCACUGAGGAAGACAUGAUAUGCUGAACUGAGGGGAUUAUUUUGAGAAUGGAUAGUUGAGUGUGAACUGCAAAUUUUCAGAAUGUCAACAAAAUCAAAGAAAAAGUUGGAGCGAAUGACUGAAAAUGAAAAAAGUGAUGGAAGUUGUUGCGUUUAAGGAAGCGCAAGUGUAUGAAUCAGGCAGUUGUUGCCAAUCGGAGUUCCAAAUGCAUUCUACACCAAUAACUAUUUGAUUAAUUCACUGAGUGAAACAUUCUGAAAUUUUUGUAUUCCUCCAAGUGACAGAAUCCAUAAAGAAAACUAAUUUCCAUUCGGAUAUUUCUUUCCGCUACUCCCAUUCUUUUCCUUCUAAAGAAGCCAGACAGGUAAAACCACAAAAGAGUUAUUAUUGUAUCUCAUUGUGGUAUUUAUUGAAUCACUGGGGGAUGUCAGCGUGAGUAUCCCUGUAUUAAUGAGAAUAUUAUAUCAAUCUGUACUGAC